AUGGCGCCGGCGGACCAACAACAGCGCUCUGACAAAGGCGGGGGGGGCGGGGAAGCUCUCGGUGAGCAAAGCAAGCAGGCAAUGAGCCAGCAAAUAUCUCACGGGCUUAUUCUGGCUGGUUGGCUGGCUGGUCCUUUGGUCCAGAUCGACAGAUGGCGGGAAUACCUAGCGAAUAGUCGAGAAGUCAUCCUUCCAGGUCCGAGAGCGCUGCUUGCUUGCCUGCGCCGUCCUCAACAGGCAAAGAUGAUACAGUUAUCGCAACGCUACGCUGCAUGUCACCAUUCUAGUGUCCAGCCACCCAGGCUGCUAGUCAUGCGAACUCAACCCCCGCCUUUUCCCAAGGUUCUCAUCAAAGUUAAGCAAACCACCGCUGCCGAGGCCGCCAAGAAAAAGGAUGUUUUUUGUCACUCGCAUUGCAAUACUUUGAUUUCAUCUCGCGAGCUCGACCUUCAAAGUGUAAAGCAGGACGUGGGAAAGUAA